AUGAUCAUCCUCAACAACCCAGUGAACCCGACUGGCACUCACGUUGGUACAGAUACUCAACGUGAGAUUAUCAAGAUAGCCAGGCAACACAAUCUCUACGUCCACUGCGACGAGAUAUUCAGACCACUCUAUCAUACCACGACUAAAUCAGAUAUUCCAGCUUCUAUGGUCGAAUAUCCAGAUCUCAAAUACGACCGUGUCAUCACUACCUCGAGCCUCUCAAAGUGUUAUGGUCUAUCUGGUAUUCGCAUAGGCUGGAUUGCGACACGUUCACCAGAGCUACUUGCAAAAUUUGUGAAUUAUAGGAUGUAUUCUGUUCAGGCCUUGAGCAUGCUUGAUGAGGUAGUAGCGACAGAAGUUCUCAGUCCGCGAUGCCGGCCCUCGAUUCUGCAGAAACACCUUGCCCUUGCUAAACAUAAUCUCAACCUGAUUGAAGCAUUUGUCGACAAACACGAAAUACAAUGCGAAUGGACAAGGCCAACUGCUGGAGCUGUUGCUUUCGUCAAGUUCAAGAAUGCACGGAGUGGAGAACCAGUUGACGACAUGGACUUUUGCGAACGACUAGUUGCGUCUAAAGGCGUUCUGUUGAGUCCAGCUACUCUAUGCUUCGAGUUUGAUGAGGCUGUUCCUCCUGCUGAUGACGCACUGAAGAUGAAGGGUGCCGAAGGUUUAGAGGAGUUUAAGGGACGUGUGAGGCUUCACUUUACUUGCAAUACUGAGGUGCUCGAGAAGGGUUUAAGAGGCUUAGCAGAGUUUCUGGAGGAAGAGGAGUGA